GGCCUUUACAUUUAUGCAUCAAGUAACGGCUAGUUAAUCCGACUAACCUAAAUUUGAUCAAAUGUAGUGAAAUUGUACAAGUAAAGCAAUAUAUUUUAUAUCGGCUGCAGAUGAUAAGUCAGUCCCUCGCAUGGUUGCAUAACAGGGAAUACAUGUAAUUUCGUUCAAACUUAAGUCUGAAAGAUGCAUUACAAAUCGUUAGCUGUGCACAACGCUGCAUGUAAUUCGCUUUUUUAUCAGUUUCAGGAUUGCACAAACGAGCACCCAUUUUUAAAAUUUUUCGGAUACUGCGAUGAACUACAUAUAGCGAUGAGCAGAUGUAUAAAAGAGCAAAGGGAAAUUCGUAGAAGAGAUAACGUGCUACACGGAAGCAAAAGAUUAGAAAAGGAAAAUACAUUAAGCAAAGAAAAUAGUGAUUAACUGUGUGAAUUAUAUAUACAGAUAUAAUAGUAAUUUAAAUUUGAUACAGCUGGUGUAGAGCUUGGUAUUUAAUAUGAAUUCACUACGAGCAAACGAUAAUAUACCAUUGAACAAGCGCUUCAAGCCAGAUGAUGAUUGCAAAUAUGAAAAAGAAGAGUGUGAAAACAUGGAAGAGAAAAAUGCAAAGGAAGAUUUUCUUGAAAAGGCAGAGGAACAAGAGAACAAUAUAGUGGAGAAUGACGACAAGGCAUCAGCAGUUACAGAUGAUGAGACAUUUCCAUUUCCUCCUGAUGGGGACAUUUCUGACAUGUUGGAUGAAGUUCAGUAUAACGGUUACUUUCCUACUGUUACUGAACGAUACUUCACCACAUACUAUAAAAUGAAUGUACAAUCACCUGGGGAUGAUAUCUGCAUACGCAUACAUAGCAAUCGUAUGUGUAUGUUCUCUUUGGCGCCUAGCCACGUCAUCUUCACGCAAGGUGAUAGGGACAUAACAAAAGUGGACUUCAAAAUAAGUGACAAAUUAGACCGAGCUCUGAAUAAAGUCUCUGGAAAGAGCAAGCAUGGUGGGCAAGCAUUGCAAGCCAACUCGAAUAUCUGUACUGUGUUUUGUUCCGAUGGGCAGAAAUACUUAAUUAAAUGUUGUAUGAUAGGAAAGUUGGUGGAAGUUAACGAGAUUUUAUCGGAAAAGCCGCAACUUCUCAGGGAGCUGCCGCAUAAAGGUGGAUAUUUGGCUAUAAUUUUGCCCAAUAUAAAACACCUGGAAAAUCUGAGAACGUCUCUACUGACUCACGAGCAAUAUGUUAAACUUGUUGGAGAGAGAAGAAAAGAAGAACCUACGGCGGAAUUGAAAUGUGGGAGUAACUGACUCAAUUUAAAACGACCAAAUGUUGGCAGAUAAAAAUGAAACGACGUGAGGAAGUAAUUCAUGGAAAAAUGCGUGAUAAUUAGAAUAGACAGUUAGAAUAGACAACAAUUGAUAUUCAACAUAAA